AUGGAUUCACAAAACACUACAGCCGAGAGUGAGGGUGUGUUGGGAACUUCUGAUGAAUCAUUGAAGCCUGACCAAACUCAACAAAAUAAAGAAGUUUCGAAAGGAGAAAAGGCAAAUCGUCAGUUAGCAGGUUCAGUUCAAAAACCCAGACUAUCCAAACAGAACGUUGGAACUAAUCGGAAUAUUGUCAAGACCCACACUUCUUCUAGACAUAAGAAGAAACAUGACCUGUCAACUGAUUCUGCUAAUGAAAACCUUCAGCAACCAAACCCUUUUGAACAAUGGUAUCAGAUGAUGUCACAGUACUACAGCCAGUUUUAUCCAGGCUAUCAAAUGGUCCAACCUCCAACACUUCCUCAUCAGUCUGCCGCUUUCCGUUCACCAAACCAAGGGGCUAAGCCGUCAAGUCAACCAGUGAAUAUUCCUCAACAUGAGCCUCAGGGAUUCAAAAUGCCAUCUGGGAACCAGACAGGAACGUUUGAUUAUGCAAACUAUUAUUACCAGUAUUAUGCAGCUGCUCAGUUGUGGUCAGGUGCACAUGCUCAGCAGCUUUUUGGCACAGGUAUUCCUGAAACCCCACGUUUCUACAACAGUCCACACAUAAGGGCCUGGAUGGGCUGUCCCGGUGUUAUUGUACAGAUUCUGCCUUCUAGACCACUUGAUGGGGAACUUGCAAGAGUUGAAAUAAUUGAUCUUUCUGAGCUGGCAAAUGAAGCUGCAGCUGAUGCAUCUAAACGAGCAGCAUACAAUACGUGUAGCACUUUUAUAAACACACGUGAUCCUGUCUUCAGUCAGCAACAAUCUUCUGAACAAGCUAGUCAUUUUGGCAUUGACGAUUCUGGUAGACAAACUCCGAGUCAUCUUUCUAGUAUUCCUGCUGGUGGUGGUGAUGAAGACACAGAAGAAAUGCGUGCGUGUGCCGCUAUUACAGCGUGUUGGGAUCGUACGGAUCACCUCUUCUAUCCGGGUCCACUUGAUCGUGUUGGCACCUUAAAAGCAGAUGUCCUCGCAUUCUUACGUGAAAAGUUGUCAGAAAUUCAGGAUCGUUUGCCUAUUGAUUGGGAAUCUGCUGAUUUGCUCCUAAUGUUUUUGGAAGCGCUUGUGAAGAACAAUGGGAACUUACAAACCUCGGAUCUUGUGAAUCUUUUGUUGGAGGGUCACGAACCAACAACCAGUUCCUACAGAAGUGGUUCCUAUGGUUAUUCGUCUAGCUCGUAUUUAGGAGUACAGGUACCUUCACACUAUGCGGCCGCUUUGAACAGCUUUUCUCAAGUUGAAGGGUACAUAAAUGAAUCACUGAAUUCUUUGCCUGGAAGUCAAAUGCCAAGUGGGCGUGAAAGCCCUGAAUCCCAUUUUGAAGUUGACUAUAGAACAAGUUUUAUGCGUCAUAAUAAGGCAGCUUCUGAAACUGGUGGACCAAACUCUGCCCAGAGUAUUAUUCGGCGUGUUGGAGCAAUGAAUAUAGGAUCACGUAAUCAGGAGUCCGAAGAUAAAAUUUUGGAUCGUUUCCGUGAGUUAUUAAUGCAUGGUUUACCAAUGAAAGCAUUAGAACAUGCCUGUCGUUCUAAACUAUGGGGACAUGCAUUUACUCUGGCGCAUAGGAUGGGUCCUCCAAUAUUUGCAAAAGUAAUGGAUCGUUUCUUAAACAAUGCUGUACCAAUAUCAGAUCCAAUUCUCACACUAUAUCAGUUAACUGCUGGUGAUAUGCCACAAGUUAUUAAUACUGCAGCUUAUGGAAAAGGCUCUGAUAGCGGUGAUUGGAGACCACAUCUAGCAAUGAUACUAGCCGCUCAAUCAACUCAAUUAGAAUUGUCACUUACGGCUCUUGAACGCCUCGGUGAUGGCUUGCUAUCUCGAAAGCAUAUUUAUGCAGCACAUCUUUGCUAUCUACUCACAAACACUUUAAAACAAGCAGAUAAAAGUGAAUUGAAUCAAAAAGAAUAUCGGUUACCUGCUAAAAUAUGGUUGAUUGGUGUACCUCCUCACAGUGAUAAUAUGAAUGCAGAUAACACUGGUGUUGGAUCAAGUCAGCCUGCAUCACCUUUGUUUUCUACUUCAGAAGCGAUUCAGUUAACUGAAAUAUAUGAGUAUGCAAUUCAGUUGGCUAAUCGUAAAUACCGACUGCGUCAAUUGUUGCCUUUCCGUCUCGUUUAUGCUAUUCGACUUUUAGACGCUGGUUUAGUCGAAAAAGCUUAUCGUUAUUUAACAGCAAUUGGAAAUGAACUUAUUUUAGACUAUGACGAAUACUAUUCAAGCAUGAAUAAUAGGUCGGAUGAUGGAUUUGUCAAUCCUGUGUUGUACAGUUUAAUGAGUAAUUGUUUACGACUAGCUGAACCAUUACAACAUCACCCAGAAAUUGAUAGUUUCGAUGUCCAGUUGAAUAAUGAUCAAAUGGAUCGUGGUUUUGGAUUUGCGCUGAUGAGUAUGCCACAGAUUUCGCAUAUGAAUAAAAAAUAA